AUGUCUUUACUCGAAUCACAACGGUCUAUCCUAGAAGAAAUAGAUGUCCUAGAACAGUCUAUUUCUCAGAGAGUUCAAAGGAAUCCUCUGUUGUUGCCAUCAUCUCAAAAGCCAAGUGAUGUGACUAUAUCAUCAUCUAAGAAGCGACCUCUAAAGGAAGAGUUAUUGCAGCAACAUGAGCUAAAAUUCUUAAAAAAUAAGUAUAGAAGACAUUGUUCGACAGUAUUAGGAAACAAAGAUACUAAAAGGAACCAUUUUGAAGAAGAAUCAAAUAAGUUGAAAGACCCAGCGUACGAAUUUAAACUAUUCGAUUCUAUGUUAAACGACAUAAAGCAACACCAUGAACUUCAAACUGAGACAAAUCAGGCCGAGGACAUCAGUAAGAUUUACAGAAUGUACUCCAGUGCACCAAGGGUAGAAGAGAAGCAUAAUAAGAAGGAUGAAUUGAAAGUGAAAAGAAAGUAUAUUCUAAGCGCAGCUGCAUCGCAUAUUGAUUUCGAUGGGAUGUUCACUCCUGAUGAACUAUAUGGAAAAUAUCUAGACUUGUUUCCGUUCUACGAAACUUACAAAUCAAUAGUAGAUCAUAACGUUACGUAUGUUGAAUAUUUAUCCAUAUAUGACCAGGUUCCGUACGAAGUAGUGAAAAGGAACAAUACCGCAUAUUCCAAGUAUAUUAAAGAUCUUGCAGAAUAUUUGUUAAAAUUCAUAGAGAAAGUUCAGCCUUUGUCCAACAUUGAUGAGCUACAAGAAGGUAUGACGAAACAAUUUUCUGCUUCAUCUAAAAUACAGACAGACGGAAAAUCAAACGAUAGAGGUGAAGUCUAUUGUGAAGCAUGCGACAAGCUCUUUGCAAAGGAUUCCGUAUAUAAGGGACACUUGAGUGGUAAAAAACAUCAAAGGAACAUCAAGAAUCGGGCUAGUUCUGAGUCUGAUAUUCCAAAUUCCAACAGAGUCAAAGAUUUGGAAUUCGACGAAUUCAAAGUAAGAUUUUUGGGUGAGAAGUUAAACGACUACAGAUCUCCAACGAUCUCGAAUGCUGAGAGAAAAGCUGCAUUGACAGACAGAGAAAGGAUAGCCGAGACCAUUUCGAUUGUUGGCGACGAAUCGGACUAUACAACAAUAAACUCUACUUCUGGCGGCGAAUCCGAUUCGAAUGAAUCCAGUGAUAACGAUGAAUAUAACAUGAAAGAUUUGCCUAUCGGCGUUGAUGGGAAACCAAUUCCCUAUUGGUUAUAUAAACUUCAAGGAUACCACAAGACAUACGAAUGCGAAAUUUGCGGUAACACAACGUACAAAGGUAGGGCUGUGUUUGCUAAGCAUUUCAAUAGUGCAAAGCACCAACACGGUUUAGGUUGCUUAGGUAUUAGUGAUGAUUACAUGGCCUUGUUUAAAAGCAUAGUUAAAAUUGAUGAAGCAUUAGACUUAUGGCGUAGAUUAAAAAAGGAAAGAAGGAUUAAAGAGGGAGAUACUGAAAAUGCUAUUGAAGUUGAAGAUGAAGAAGGGAAUGUCUUAUCCGAAAAGGACUACUUGGAAUUGAAGAAACAAGGCCUAUUGUAA